UACCAAUAUCCAUAACAAAAUUAUCAAGCAUUAUUAUAUUCAUCUCCUUCAUUUCCAUGGCGUGGGUUUGGACAGCCUUUGCAGUGCUUGCCGCCAUUUCUGUCCUCAAGGUGUUGUUUAUGAAGAACAAAGGCGGCAAGAAGCUGCCGCCAGGUCCCAGAGCGCUGCCAAUUCUGGGACACUUUCAUUUGAUAGGGAAACAUCCCCAUAAAGAUCUGCAGAAACUGUCCAAAACCUACGGCCCAAUCAUGCACUUGCGGUUUGGGUUUGUCGACAACAUCGUCGCAUCAACGCCGGCCGCCGCCAAGCAGUUUCUCAAGACCCACGAUCUCAACUUCGCCACCAGACCACUCAGCGAGGCUGCUAAGCAUAUCUCAAAUGGCCAAAAAGGUUUGUCGUUUGGGCAAUAUGGUCCGUUUUGGCGCAACGUUCGGAAACUAUGCACCUUGGAGUUCCUAAGCAAUCUCAAGAUCAAUUCAUUCCAACCCAUGAGAAGAGAAGAGCUGUGUCUUCUCGUAGAAUCAUUCAAGCAAGCAGCCCAGAACGGCGAGGCCGUUAAUUUGAGCGUCAAAGUUUCUUCCCUGAGUGUAAACAUGAGCUGUCGGAUGGUGUUUGGGAAGAAGUACGAGGAUAAAGACAUUGGUGAGAAGGGAUUCAAGGCCGUGAUUCAAGAGGCAGUUCAUCUCACAGCUCUCCCUAAUCUUGGAGAUUAUUUUCCUUUCAUUGGUAAGCUUGAUGUUCAAGGGUUAACUAAACGGAUGAAGGCCGUAGGCAAACUCUUUGAUGAAUUCUUGGAGAAGAUCAUUGAUGAGCAUGAACAGGGAAAAAUCAAAGGUAACACCCAAACAACAACUAAGGAUUUCGUGGAUACCAUGUUGGAGAUUAUGAAGUCAGGAGAAACUUCAUUUCAGUUCACUCGUGAACAUGUCAAGUCUGUUAUGCUGGAUAUGCUUAUAGCUUCAUUGGACACAUCGUCGUCUGUAAUAGAAUGGACCAUGUCUGAACUCCUUCGACAUCCAGAAAUAAUGAAGAAAGUAAGGGAAGAAUUAGAGACUCAAGUGGGGCUUGAUAGGAUGGUGGAGGAGAAAGAUUUGGAGCAAUUGGAAUACUUAGAAAUAGUCAUUAAGGAAUCAUUAAGGAUGCAUCCGGUUGUGCCGUUACUUCUCCCUCACGCAUCUAUAGAAGAUUGUGAUGUUGAUGGCUUUCAUGUGCCUAAAAAUUCUAGAGUUACAGUGAAUGUUUGGGCAAUUGGUCGUGAUCCAAGUGUGUGGAGUGAUCCAGAAAAAUUCAUUCCGAAAAGGUUUAAUAAAGGUAAUAUUGGAUAUAGAGGUCAAGAUUUUGAACUUCUUCCAUUUGGGUCGGGGAGGAGAAGCUGCCCUGGAAUGCAACUUGGAAUAACCGUGGUUCGACUUGUGGUAGCACAACUGGUCCAUUGCUUUGAUUGGAAUCUUCCAAAUGGAUUAUUACCCAAAGAUUUAGACAUGACAGAAGAAUUUGGAUUAGUGCUAAGCCGAGCAAAUCAUUUGAUGGCUAUUCCUACUUAUCGAUUACACAUUUAAUUUGUUGUGUGUCUAUUACCUUGAAAUUGUCUCGUUUUCAAUAAACAUGUAUUCGUAGAUUGCAAUUUUGUAUUCUAAAAUCCACUCAACUCUCGUGGAUUUUAAUUUU